AUGACCACCCUGAAAAGCGCCUGGCUCUUUCCGUGUCUGCAACGGACCCUCCUUCUUCUUGCUACAGUGGAUACGACUCCGACGUCACUACAGCCUGCGAUGUCCCAGUCUCAUCAACCAAUCUUCAUACAGCAUGGCCUGGGACUUGACGAACCAACGCCGAGAGAGUGGAUUCGUGACGGUAAGGCUGUCAUAUUUACUGUACAUUUGGUGUCCGAAAAGUCUCGUCUUCCAUCGCGAUACAUAUCGUCUCUACGUAUUGGUAACAAGACUGAAGUAGGGCAGCGUUCUGCAACAAAGCUGUGUUAGACUUAUCGUUGGGGCACCUUGGAAAAUGGAAAAGAUUUCUCCGCCGCGGGUGGUGCCAACCUUCAGAGCGAGCCUCCCUCGCCGUGGAACCAAACUUGGCACUUGCCGAUGACCAACCUGCUGUCAGUAGCACGAGCCGUUCAUCAGUCAAUGCACACCCCGAUAUUUGGGUGCGCACAGUUCUUACGUGCCU